CCGAACCUUCCCCACGCUCUCUCCGUCAACAAGUGCCAAGCCACACUCCGGCAUGAGGGAAGAGACCGGGUGAACAAUAAGGACGGGCUGCGGGCAGUGACGGCGCAGACUCACUAAAUUCCUGCCUUUCCGAAAGCGCUCGCCGGCUGUAACCCAUAACCGGAAACCCUUCCCGUCGUUUUCUCUCGAUAGCCUCCGAGAAUCCGAAUCGCCCGAAGGCCGGCAGGUGCGGUGCUGUCUCUCGCCAGGAUGGUUUCGUCCCUGCUCUCUGUGGCCGUCUGGGUCGCCUGUGUGGCUGGGACUGGGGCUUCCCCUACCACUGUGAAUGGAACUUGGGGACAGUCGGUCUUCUUACCUCCUGGGCUCCAAUUCGGACCGGACGUUGUUGAGGUUGUGUGGAGACUGUUAACACCCAGAAGGAAGAUAGUGACAUAUUCAAACAAGAUCAGUGACUAUUACGGUGCUGAGGAGUACAAGCGCCGGAUAACUUUUCAUCCCGGGAACUUCAGUCUGGAAAUCCGUGAUCUACAGAUAGAGGACAUUGGUGAUUAUGAGGUGACUGUUACAACAAGUUCAGGAGCACAGACUCAGAACAAAAUGCGACUGAAGGUGUGCGAAUGGAUGGGGACUGUGAAAGGAUCUUGGGGACAGUCGGUCUCCUUACCUGCUGGGAUCACAGGCGGGCUGGACAUUUCUCAGGUGGUGUGGAGAUCAAACGGAACCACAAUAGCAGAAUAUGCAAGUGGAGUCAUUUCUUACUUCGGUCCUGAGGAGUACAAGCGACGGAUAACUCUUCAUCCCGGGAACUUCAGUCUGGAAAUCCGUGAUCUACAGAGAGAGGAUACUGGUGAUUAUGAGCUGACUGUUACACCAAGUAGAGGAGGACAGAUUCAGAUGGAAAUGCAACUGGAGGUAAACGACUGGAUGGGGAUUGUGAAAGGAGCUUUGGGACAGACAGUCUCCUUACGUGCUGGGAUUACACCUUGGCGGGAUGUUUAUCAGGUGGUGUGGAGAUCAAACGGAACCAGAAUAGCAGAAUACACAAAUGGCACCAUUUCCUACUUCGGUACUGAGGAGUACAAGCAACGGAUAACUCUUCAUCCGGGGGACUUCAGUCUGGAAAUCCGUGAUCUACAGAGAGAGGAUGCCGGUGAUUAUGAGGUGGAAAUUGCUGUGGGUUCUGGAGCUGAACUUAAGGCGAGAGUGCGACUGGAAGUGAACGAUCCUGGUGUCAGAUCGUCACCCGCUGCUUGGAUCAUUCCCGUCAUUGUGAUACUCAUUCUGUUACUUGUGUGUUGCUGUAUAUAUAGAAAGAGGGCGUAUCUUCGCUCACACUGGGACAAAUGUAUGGGAAAGAAAUCCGGAACAUCUGACGAGAUCCGAUAGUGACACAACCUUUGAACAGUCGACCUGGUGGAGAACACAGCUCAUAGACACCCACUCCAUCGGAACAGUGUGUACUAGAUACUGGCUUACCUUCCCAGGUCUUCCAUCAUUUCCAACUGUUGCUUCAGAUUUUCACUCUCUGCUCGAAAUAUGUAAACAUACAAUAACAUUAAAGAACCGUUCUAA